AUGGUGAGCGUUUACACACACACACACACAUAUAUAUAUAUAUAUAUAUAUAUAUACAGUGGUGUUUAUAAAUACUUAGAUAACAUAAUUAAAAUUUAAAUCAACAGCUCACCUCGCUCGUGAAAUUGAAGCAACAUUCCAUGCCGAAGGGAAAUUCCCUGGUGUUGUUGGUCUUAUUGAUGCUACUCGUGUGUAUUCGUGCCCCUGAGCAUGAACCAGAUGCCUACAUAAACCGCAAGAAAUGUCACUCACUAAAUCUCCAGGUAAGCUAAGAAACUACAGAGGAGCCGCUUCAUAUGUUAAGCCCAUUAAAGGAUUGGUAGCAAAAGUCUGUGCAAAAUACUGAUUUGGAGCAUUUUACAUUUUUUCCAAUAUCAUUAAGAAAGUAUGGACUCCACAUAAAUCAUAACUUUUCUCUAUUACUUUUCAGGCCCUUCCUGCUGUACGCCAGAAAGUGGAGAGAUCCUUCUCUCUUCUCAAAGGAAGAUGGCAAAAGCUUCAAUAUCUUGAUCACCUUGAUUUAGUCAUGGCAGUGAAAAUAAUAACUGCUACUUGUGUCCUUCAUAAUUUUUGUUUGUUAUAUGAUGAUUUUGAUGAUGGGUAUUUCCUACCAGGUCAUGCUGAUGGCAUAGAAGAUGGUGGAAGUGAGCAACGAGAACCACCAGAUCAUGGAGCAGCACAGAAGAAG